AGAUUUGUUUCCGUCCUUUUGCUUUCUUAGAAUAAAGCUGGAAUUUUGCACGCUCUGAGAAAGAGCCCGUGAUAGAAGAACUCUCCGCUUUUCUUUUGGAGAUUUAACCUUCUUUUACUGCACUAGAUGUGGGAGUUUAGUAACUUGAACUCGGGUAGUACUUUCUGGCCUCCUGAUUCUGGGCAGCCACAGAACUCAAUUGCUUGUCCAACCACUGGUAUCUCUCAUGGCCCUUCUGUCCGCGGCAUUCCAUUUCCCGGUUUUAGAUUGCAGGGGAGUGUCCUUCAGUUUAACUCUACGAAUUGGUCGCCAAUGAACACACUGGCACCAAAUCCUACAAUUAACUUUUCCGAACCAGAAGCAACUAAGAGGAAGAGGUUCCUUGUUUUUGAUUACUCUGGGGACCAAACAAGCUUGGUUUUUAGUUCGGUGGCAUGUCCAUUCGAGGGUCUUAAUCCAACUCUACCUUUGGGCAGUGUGGCUAACACCAAUGCCUCCAAUAGCCAUAUCAGUGAAGAAAAUAAGGUGCAUGAAGAUACAGAAGAAAUUGAUGCCCUACUUUACUCCGACUCGGAACAUAUUUAUGAUGAUGAAGAGAGUAGCACAGGACAUUCUCCAUUGGACAUGGAGAAGGAAGAUAUUGCCAGUUCCUAUCUCCCAGCCAAGCGCCGUAGAGUUGAUUCUACUGAGAUAGACACAUUGCUCAUGGACACUGCAAGCUCUGCAGUAGCUCUGUCUCCUCAUUUCAUACUUGAAGAUGGCAGUAAUGAUUUAGGCUUUAAUGGUUGCAUUGGCGACGGGAAAGACAAAACUGGACAAGGAAGCAGGAGCAGGUGCAACAAGAGGGACAGUAUUCACGCUACAGUUAGCAUGCUGAGGAGAAUUAUCCCCGGAGGUAAGGGAAAGGACACCGUCUCUGUGCUUGAUGAGGCGAUUCAAUAUCUGAAGUCACUCCAGCUGCAAGCGAAGGCAGCAGGUGCCAAUUCCUUCACUCUCUAAAUCUUCUGAUGAUCACAAUCUUCCUGUGGAUAGUAAUAGUAGUGUUUGCAGAUUAAGUACUAGUUUGUGAUGGUAAUGUCAGUAAUAACAUUAGUGCUAUAUGCUAGAUAGAGCACAAUUACUCUCAGGAGUGAAGGGAAUGCGAAUUUCUCCAUUCUACAAUUUUAUGCUUCUCGUUAAGUCAUCUUCUAGUAGUAGUAUUUGCAGAUUGAAGUUAUAGUAUCUGAUGGUCAUGGCAGAUGAAGAAGCAUUAAUCAAUGUUUGUAGUCGCUCAAGCGGUGAGCAAAGAUGGGCAUUGCUUUCUUCUCUCCAAAGCUUCUCAUGAACUCCACCUUCUCUAUUUAGUUAUAGCACCUGCAGCAGUAGUAUUGGCUGAUUAUGGUACAAAUACUGUGGUAGAUGAGCGGUUAUCAUUAACUUCAUCUUCCUUUGUAUAGUUUGCAGCUGCAGCAUUAGUAUUUGCAGAGCCAUGAAAACAAUGGAGACUCAAUGAUUGAUUAAUGGUGUAAUAAAAGCUUAAAGCUUCAAAGGGUAUUUAUUUGGCUUUGCAUCUUUUGACCAGAAUUAGAGUCUGCUGAUCUUCUGGUUGGGGGGGCGGUUCUUUUGCUUUAUAAGCGUGUUUAGGGGGGGAAGUCUUUCUCUUAUCUUAUAUGAUGUGGGUGUCGCUAUUAGUAUUGCUGGCGGACGUGUUAUUGCUUUCAUGAUGUUUGUUGCAUGCUUUAUGAGAAUGCUUUAUGUCGUUUUAUGUAUAUUUAUGACUCUUUUUAAGUUUGUGUGUUGCUGAAGUGCGAGUGAUUUAGUGUGUGAUUACCUCUAAAUGAUGUGUUUAGGUUUAA